AUGCAUAAUAGAGUGGCCGACUGCCUCUGUUUUUCUCUUAUAUUUCUGCAGACUGAUUCAAUGUUACUCCCUGAAAUUGGUGCUGUUGUGUCAGUCUUGCUUGGUUUUACACCUUCUGUUACGCUUUCUGCUGCUAGUUCAUCUAAGUUGAAUAAGGUGCUCGUGCCCAAUCCAUUUGACAGGCCUCGCUCUGUUUUAAUGUUAGAAGUCAGAGGAACUGAAGAUUAUCAACUCAAGCUUGACUCAGAAGACGAUAUAUUUAGUAGGGCCCUCAGUAGGAAGGUUGUUUAUGGUGAGAAUACAGCUGACCUCCAACUUCCAGAUGAAGAUGAAGUUUCUGUGGUACUUUUGAAUGAACCCUUAAAUUUUGAUUCUGAUGCAGAAUGCACUGACAAGGAACUAAGUGAAUUUGCAUCAUGGUUGGGUGGAUCUUAUGUUACAUCCUUGGAGCAGUUGAAUGGACUGUUGACUAUACCUUUGGCUAAUGGUGCCCAUUUGAAUCUUCAGAUGUCAAAGAAAGCAGAUAGAGAAUUCACAGCUAGUCUUGUAUCUCUCAUUCGUAACAUUCAAAGGGCAAUGGUGAUGCAUCAAGAAUUGUCUGGAAGUAUGCGCAAUCCAGCUGAAUUAAUAACGGGAAAGUUUGAUGGCAUUAAGGUUUUGCAAGAGCAGUAUGGAUCAGUUGGUGUUGCUCAACAAGGAGCAGAAUUAUUGUUUACGUCAAUUUCUAAGAUAUUUGAUUCCUUGCAGGAGGCAUACAAUGGUCAAAUUGUUGGAGUCAUCUUCUCUAUGGGAACACCUCCUUCAGGGUCAGAGACCAUGUUGAAUGUGAUGAUCACUUCUCGGUCAACUCCACGUUGGCUGGAGGAAACAACAGGCUCAUCUAAUCCAAUCCUUGUUGCGGAAGUGCUGUUGGUUAGACGGACCCUUGCGUGGAUAACAGGAAUCAUUCUUCUAAUUGCCACUCUCUUUGGGGUUUACUUCCUCAUGAACAUGCCACUCACAAAGGACACCCUUCUGUAUUCUAAUGUCAAGUUCGAUUAAAAGUUAGUAGAAGCUGUUUAUUAGAGCAUUGAACUGCCAAAAGAGGUCUAUUUUUCAAUCAACCUUUUGCUUGUAAGAUAUUAUAUAUUGUUGAAUCCAUUUUUCCUUUUUUUUUUUUUUCAUGUAAAUUGUUGUUAUUGUGACAUCUAUUUGUAGUUCUGUGGUUUUGAAACGGUUGGUCUGGUUAAUCAGGUUUUAUUCUAGUAGAUAUCAGUUGCUAGAUGAAUGCCUUGAUCGAGUCUGUAGCAGCAUUUCAUCAUAGAUGAAAUGUGAGUUCUGCAGUAUAGGGGGUUAGGGAAGAAAGUGGGAAGCUGAGGUGAGUUGAUCAUGAUAUUGUGUGUAUUCGGUGUUUUUUUGUUUGAAUUAUUGUAACCUCAACCGAACAAACUUGUAAUAAAAACCGACUCAUGCAAG